AUGUCAACCAAUCAAUCUCAUAUUCGAUCUUGGUAGCAAAUCCUUUCAGACAUUUCUUCAUGUAUGCUCUAGUUGUCUUUAGGUUAUAUUUGUGUUGAAUUGAUGAUGUCUAUCAAUUUGCACUUUCUUAAUCUACAUACAUCUAAAACUAAUGUAGCUGCAUUUGGUAUCACUUGGAUGAUAAUUACAAUAUUGUUAUUACCCUUUGGAAUAGGUAUCAUAAAUUACUAUAUUAUUAAAGGUCUUAAUCAAGCAUUAAACACUCUAGCAUCUUAAGCUAUUGGAAUGGGAAAAAACAAACUUUCACUUAUCUAUUUAAAUUUCACUCUCUCAUCUCAAGUCCUAAUAUUUAUCCCCCUACUCUUAGUGAUAUUAUGUCUCAAAACACCAUUUAGCUAUUUGAUAGUUGAAGACAGAGAAGAAACUAUAAAUACUGCAUGGUAAUUGUUAUAAAUGAAUAAUAUUUAGGGAACUCAUGAUACCAUUAUCAAUGACUUCAUUAGCAUUAUUGAUAUUUGAGAGUUUGAAGAGUUAUAUGAUAUCAUGUGAAGUAUUUAGACCAUUCAUGUUAAUUCAUUUAAUCACUUUAGCUCUUCAUGCCUUUUGGUGUUGGUUAUUAGUCUCAAGUUAUGGGACAAUUGGAGUAUGUAUAGCUACAAUUAUCUCUGAAUUAACAAAUAUAUUAUUGUUAUUACUUUAUGUUAAAUAAGAAGAAGACCUGUAAAUAAAAUUUAAAUCAUUUCAAUUCAAAUUACUGUUAUUAUCUCAUUUUCAUAUUUAUAAAGAAUACAUUAAAAAUACUAUAUCAAUAAUAGUCCAUAUCUAUUUAAAUACAGGUAUAUUUAUUAUAUUGUCGUUUACUGCUAUAUCCCUUGGUAUUGAUGCUACCAAUGCACAAUUAGCUUUAUCAAACACUUCAUCCUUAUAUUUUAGACUGCCUCUUUGCUUAUCAAUAGCUUUAAUGACUUAUGUAGGUAAUCAAAUUAGUCAAGGAAACAUUUUAAAUGCCAAAAAUUAUAUUAAAUAUGGCCUGAUAUUAUAUUUCAAUAUAUUAGUUGUCAUAAUGAUGAUCUUCUAUUUUUAUCAUUUCGAAUGGGCUCAUUUUUAUACCAAAGAUGAAGUUGUUUAAUAAAUUUUAUUGAAAACUUUACCAUACUUCCUAUUGGGUAGUGUUAUAAUAGAUGGAUUAUAAAUAGCCUUAAGUGGAGCACUUAAAGGACUAGAUGAAGGAAAAUUGGUGUCAAAUUAUACUUUAUUUUCUGCAUAUUUUGUGGGCAUUCCACUAAUUUUAAUAUUAACUUAAUUUUAUUAAUUAGGUUUAAUUGGGAUUUGGUUAGGUUUUGGAGUAUGUAAUCUUUUAUUAUCAAGUUUGUUUGUUUAUAAAUUAUAUAAAAUUGAUUGGAAUGUUUAGGCUAAACAAAUAAAAGAUAAAGUUGAUAAGUAAUCUCAAUAAAUGGAAACAACCAUUGAAUUACAAGACUUAUGUUGA